AUGAAGGAAGAGGAAGAAGCAAAAGAGGAGGAAGAGGAAGUGAAGGAGGAAGAGGAAGAAACAAAAGAGGAAGAGGAGGAGGAAGUGAAGGAGGAGGAGGAAGAAGGAACAAAAGAAGCUGAAGAGAAUUCCAAAGCUGAAGAUGAAGCUGACAACGAAGCUGAAGAAGCAGAGGAGCCAGAGGAUGAGGACAUCGGUGCUGAUGAUGAAGAAGAGACAUCCGAAUGCAGAGGAGAUGCUGAUGGCUCUGGAACUGACAACAAUCCUGAAGGAGAUGCUGCAAAAGGAAGUGAGGAAGCUAAGCAAGAUGAAGCUGAGGCAGUGGAAGACGGAAAUCCAAAGUCAGAAGAUCAGGCAUGUUCAGCUGAGGAGGAAAACAACAGUGAAGGAGGUGACAUAUACGAUGAGAAUGAUGAGGAACCUACCAGUGAUGACCCUGACAAGGCACAUGAAAAACACGAAGACAAAGGCAACAACAAGAUUUCUGAGAAAGCCUCAAAGGCCAAACGCAAAACAAACAGCAAAAGGCUGAAGAAUCUGAACAAAGCAGCUGCCUUUUCUUGUUAUUCUUCCAUGGGAAACUUCUCACAGCAAUCCCAGAAGGGGUCUGAAGAUGAAAGUGAAGAGGAAUGCAAAGAUGACAACGACCCCAUGAACAACCACAGCAAUGGAGAGGUUCAAAGUGGUGACAGCAGCAAACCCUCACAGAUGUAUCCUGACAGUGAAGAAGAAGAAGACGACAAAGCAUCUUCAUGCACUGAUCCUUUAGGAGAUGAGGACCAGGCAGAUGCUGAAGAUGCAGAUCCAAAGAAGGUUGAACAUACUGAUGAAGUUCAGGCUUCUAAAAAGAAAGAAGACUCUGAUGAGAUUGACCAGGAUGACCUGGACUUCUAG